UACUUAUCGUGUGGUCCACGUUCAAGGAAAUGAUUCAAUGGAAUCGGUACCUCAGAUUGUAUCAACUUCAAGUCCUACUUAUUCAAAUGCUUCCCAACAAACUAAUGUACAAGCAUUGUUGUCCAGUCAACUCAAUGGUCAGUUCUAUGUAAUAGGAUCUCCUCAAGAUGUAUUUUCUCCAACAAAUCAAAGGCCUCUUUCUCCAAGAGCGACAAGGAAUGAGAAUGGGAUAACCAGGACUACAUCAACUAGAGUUGAUAAGAGACGAGCAACUCACAAUGAAGUGGAAAGGCGGCGUAGGGAUAAAAUCAAUAACUGGAUAAUGAACCUCAGUAAGAUAAUUCCUGAUUGCGCUCAGGACACUUCUAAGGGCUUCGAAACACAGAGUAAGGGUGGCAUUCUUGCAAAGGCGUGUGACUACAUAACCGAACUGAAGCAGUCGAACACGCGUCUCCACGAGUACAUGAAGGAGAACGAACAGCUGAUUGCUGAACUGGAAAUGGUUUCCAGGCAAAUGGACUCGCUGAAACUGGAGAACCACCAACUAAGGGAGCAGCUAGUACAGCAUGGCAUCAUACCCAAUUCAGAUCCUCUUUCAUAGCCUUCAUCUCUGUCUACACUGUUUGAUUUAGAUUGAAUAGAAGUACGGUUGGUAGAGAGUGCAUAUUUUCUCUCCACCAUUCCUAGGUGCUCUUACCUACCUGGUGACGCGAAACCCUAAGUCCUAGCGGAGUAAUGGUUUAGCUCCUUCAAAAUCACGGUUAUAGAAGAAGUUGGUAGUAAUCAUGCGUUUAUUUCGACUAAAUUUUAGGUCUUCCCGAUGUCUUUCCAUAUUCAAUUGUCUGUUUCUCAUUAGAAUUUCAGUAGAUUGGCGAAUAUGAGUUUGAAACCUUGGUUAGUGGAGGCAUAGAGAAAAUAUAGCAUAAGAUACCCAUGGUAUAGGGCGAAUUGUUCCAAUUUUAAAUUUCAACUCUAGCCGAUAGUCCUAGUAGUUAUUUUUGGAGAAGCUAUGUGACCCUGGUAGUCUCUCAUACUGUGUCGUUCUUACACUCUUCACACCAACAAAACUUAAUAAUAGACAGUAAUUGGCUUGAGUUAACAAAAUAUCGGCUUGAAAAUUUGAACAUAAAUUACCUAUAUCAUGGUAUAUCUUCUUAUGUUAUCUUUUCUUUAUGGUGGUGGUGACUGUACUUAGUUUCCUAGUUUUUUAAGUACACUACCGUCUACUUCUACAAACCGUACGUAGCAUGACUAAUGCAAUGGGUUCUUUCAAUUUGUCUUCCACUGCGAAAGAGCAAGUUCUGCAAAACAUAUUUGUCCGCCUGGGUGAUACUUCCAAUUAGCUCUUGAUCCAAUAAUGAUUCACUCUUCAGUGGAGGAAUGAGCUAGAGUUUUGCGUCACCAGGGAAAAGUACCUUAAACGAACCAGUCAGCUAGGAACGAGCCGAAUUUCUUUUAUCAACUUGAUAAGACAUUGGUUUUGAACUGAUACUUUAUUUUGUUUUUGCUUUUUUAUGAUGCCCUAAUAUGCUUUUGAAUUGUGUGUGUGUAAUUAGGUCUAUUCAACUCUGAAAUGAAGUUUGCACCUGUUUAUUGGAUUAUUAAUAUGAUUGGGGAUUAUAUACACAGGAAAGGCCUUCACAUGGUGUUCAGGCUAAAUUUGGAUAGAAGGAAUUUGUUGUCAUUUAUAAAUUGUUUACCCAGCUUCGGGGAGAUCAGCAUUGCAUUUUUACUGUUGGUGUUUCCAAGUUGGACACCAAAGUCGUAUAGGCUGCAGUCUAGACAGGGCUAUCACUCUGAUGAGAUACACUUUAUGCUGCAUCCACACUCUCAUCAAGUGCGUAUAAUUGACACCGAGUGCGAGAGUGUUGAUGACUGGAUUGCCAGCACUCGCCUUCGCUCCGAUUUUUGACGAGACGUGACAAGCGAAGGCGAGUGGUCAGCCGAGCAUUCACAAAUAUAUAUCCCAGGCACUGGUCACAUUGCAGUGUGGGUAGCAAGACCAACGUGCCCAGCGACUUGGCGAGAGUGUGUGGACUAGGCAUGGAACUUUAAGCAUUGGUUGAAUGUUUUUUUUCUCGUGGUUCGAGUCACACAUCUCGUGCAAACAUUCCUCAUUAUUCCAGUUUAUCCAUGGAUAGUUUGAGAUCUUGUGAGACCGGACUCGCCAAAUUUGAAAUUUGAUUGAUUUGAAAUACAAAGCACACUUCACUCAUAAAUACUGACUUCAAUAGUGGCCGAAAGUGAUUCAUUUCACAAGAAGUAACAGUGAAGUAACAAGGGAACUUACUACUUCCUUGCAAAUAAGUAUCGAUAUUCCACAGCGACAUCUCUGUUGAGAUCAACCGAGAAAGUAGAAAUCAGAAAAUUCACUGCCGCAAUGUUCUGCCGCCUCGAGGGUGGUUGCUCAAGCCCAGCUCCGAUAAAAAAACAUGAGUUCGGGAAUCACUCCUCGGUGGUUUAAACUUUACUCAAAAUUAUGGGCCUAUUCAUCUCUCAUCUUCAUCUACCCCAUUUCUCACGCAGAAGCCUAUGAAAUCAUCAACAUCACCAAAAACAUUGAAAAAAUCAUUCCAUGCACAUGGAAGUCGAUUCUCACAUAAAUUUAACAUCUUUUUGGCAUCAAGUCAAAUUGAAAAUUCACUAUCCUUUCAUUAAAUUCAUCCUUUUCUAGUAACGAUUUUCUGUAACACUUAUAAUAAAUCUGGUUCUCAUUAUUGGUAUUUCAGUAAUGUUCAACAUGAUUUGUCAGCCCUAAUUGUUGGUUAGUAUGGUUGGCAUAGCUGUUUCUAAGCCACCAGCCUCGUGGGAUAUAAAUCACCACAAUCAAUUAAUGCUAACCUCUCAACAUUUUUAACAUAUUUUUAUCUCUAAUAUUCGGCAAAUCCUAGCUGACCACAGUUACAUGCUUGCAGUUCUUGCCAUUUGGAAGCUGGAGCUUGCCUAUUUGAAGUUCAUUAAUUUGCUCCACGAUGGAUAAGAACGGUUGAUAACUAUUACAAAUAGUUGAUUGGUUUUCAAUGAAUAAUUAUUUAUCUUUUGAUCCAAAAACAAUUAUGCUGGUUUGCACCGAACGAAAUCAAUCUAAAUCCUCUAUCAGUAACAUUCAGUUGAAAGAUUAAGCUGACUCAAGAUGAUUGAUAACGGUUUUUGCAAACAAGCUUCAAAAAAUGUAUCACGUCCUAGAUUAUAUAGUGAAACUCGUUGGUCAGAUGAUUGUAUCAUUUUAGUAGCCUAUAUAAAAGUGUUAUUAUGUUACUAUGAAGUGGAAUUUAUGUUCUAGUGAUACCUAUCAUAUUAUAUCAUAUUUAGAAUGGAUAUUACGGUUCCUUGUCAGUUUCACAUGAUUUAAUACCAAUUAUUUGUAAUAAUUUAUAACCGUUUGAAUUGAAACUGUUAACCUCAUACUCAUUGCUUGUUGCAUGGCAAGUUUGCAAAGUGAUACUAUUUUAUAAUACAUUUAAAUAUCUUGUUGAAGGCAAUGACAAUAGUGUCUUACAUAACAUUUGAAAUCUUCACCCUAACUCUCUAUUUGAAAUCUUCAA